AAUAAAACGAUUUAGCAACAUAAUUUACCGCAGUUGUAGUUUUAUGCUGAAAAAUGUGUUCAUUUUUACAUAAUCAAACAUUUUAUAUAACUGAGAAGAAACCCACUAAUUAUGUUUUAUAUUUGUCUUUUUUCAUAGAUAUCAAUCUCCAGCUCUCAAAGUGUUAUUUUAUGAAUUCUAAGAUACUCUAAACACAACCCACAUGAAUAAUUCAUGUGUAUCAUACCUACCAUGCAAACUUACACUAAUAAACAGAUGUUGUACAGAUUCAACUUUCUUGUUACACAUAGCACAAAUGUUAUCAUUUUGAUCAAUGAUAUCCAAUCUACUCAAACGAUCCUUUAUAUUAACUCGGCUUACUAGCACAAACCAAGUAAACAGCUCAAACCGAGGGGGCACUAAUCCUUUUCAGAUUCCAUUUGUGAACUUGUAGUUAAGGAUAUCAUCCACCAAAGUCUGUUCCUACAAAAUCUGCACAAAUGAACUAGUAGUAUAAACGCCUUUUUUGUCAAAUUUUCACACCACUUUAUCUUGUACUCCUGUUAUCAAUCUCACAUCAUGCAGGAUAUCCAGCAAUUGAUUCAAACUGUUAGUCUUCCAUUGGCGGAGUUUCUUCCUCAUUGGAAGUUCCACACCCACUCUAUCCCGUCCCAAAACCUACAAUCCCUAAUUAUGGAUCCUUUGUUAUUUAAAACCAAGAAGAGCCUCGAAAAUGAGUCUUUCAGCUUCCCAUACUGUAACCAUGUGACAUAUAUCUCUCACGGGUCUCUUUUGUCAGUAACUCUUGAGUAGACAAAAGUUGUCUAGAGUUCAGAUUAUUGCACAAGUACACAAUCUUCUUUCACAGUGGACAAUUUUCUUUAGAAAAUCUCCACCACCACUUGAACAAUAAGGCGGUAUUACGAACCAUCACAUCUCCCACACCUAAUCCUCCUAAAUUCUUCGGAGCCUGAAUCAUGUCCCACUUUACCACAGCCAACCCAGGUCGACCAUCGUCUUUCUCCCAAAAGAAACUUCUUUGCAAUGAAAUUAUUUUUGUCGCCAUUGCAACUGGCAUUUUAUACAACCUCAGAUAGUAAAUGGAGUGCCUUUUGCAGGCCCUUACUCCUUUGUUUUCUCACUGCCGAUAUAUAUCUCAUCUUGAAGAAGAAAUUGCAAGCAUUCACCAGUGGACGAGUUAUACAUUGGUCAAAAUCAGCAGGAACAUUUGGCGCCCACCGUGAGGGUUACAACAGGCCAAUUAACGCAUGGCGGAAAAAAAAUCAACGGAUGGCAAACCAAAUAGCUAAGCUAACCAAUGUUCGGAUUGAGCAUAACAACGGUCACAAUGAGCAAUUAGAUGAUGAAGAAAACAAUUCUGAUUCAACACACGUUUUUGAAACUCAACAACCUAAGAAAAUUCAACAAAAUGAUGAUGAAGACGAUUUAGACAACGCUGUUGUACCAUUCACGGCCGAUGUUACGAGCUUCAAGUUACCUAGGAACUUCAUCUUACCGCUAACGUUUACUCCCUAUGAUGGCGUGGGAGACCCAAAAAAGCAUAUUAAGAAAUUAUGAUCUAUGAUGAUCGUUAACAGUGCUUCUGAUCCUAUUUUAUGUCAUUGCUUUUCUACUUUUUAAACAGUGCUGCACUUGAUUGGUUUUCUUUUUUGCCUGUAGAUUCCAUUUCACGCUUUCAGGAGCUCGCCAAACAGUUCGAAAAUCAAUUCGCUGCAUCUUCUAUCUACUUGCAUGACUUUGACUAUUUGAACACUAUUAAACAAGGACAACACGAAAGUUUAAAAGACUACAUCAUUCGCUUGACCAAAGUUGCAAUGACUAUUCCAUACCUCCACUUCGAGGUGCACCAACAUGCUAUAAAGAGUGGACUCCACCAAAAAAAAAUUUCAAGAAACCAUCACAGUGGCCAAACCGAAGACCUUGGCCGAGUUUCGAAAAAAGACUAAAGGUCAAAUGAAAAUUGAAGAGUUGCAGUAAGCUCGGAAGUCCGAGAAAAAUCAAAACAAUAAGGAAGAUGACAAUGUCAGGACAACAAAAAAUCUUUUCGAUUAGUACCACGUUAUAAUUCUUAUACCCAGUUCAACACUAAAAAGAAAGACAUCAUAAAAAAAUCCUGUUUUUACAAGUAAUUAA